AUGGGGAUUCCUGUACCAAAUACAAACCGUGUCACAAAGCGCAGAUUGACCCCAAGGAAAAACUGGACAGAGGUUGUCAAGGAAAAGAUUGUACAGUUAUUAUUCACUGGCAACCAGCUCCUAUGCGAUCCAAUUGCUGUCAAGCCCAAGUCACCGCAAAACGCCGCUCUACAGGAUGCUCUCGAAUGCACCGAAUGUAGAGAUAUACAUAUUAUUCCAUAUAUGUUGAAUUCAGACAUUGCUGCCGGAUCAUAUAUCACCUCGGAAUACCCACCUUUCUUUGCCAGCAAAAGCACACCACAUGACGAAUCUAUAUCUCCCUUAGACACAGACACAGUAGUCCACCAAAAUACCAAUGCGACAUUUUGGGAUGAUAUCACACCUGCGCAGCAACAAUGUUACUACGACAAGAUCGAUACCAUUCUAAAGAAGGCCGAGGCUGAGUCAGGAAAGCCAAUAGAUGAAGCUACCGUCCUUUUUGCUCACUACCAAGUGGACUUCCACAUCCGCCAACACUACCUCGCUCCCCGAAGUAUCCUUAAUAUGUGCCGCUCAAAGGAUGAUAUUAAGGCGCUGAACAGCUGGCAGUGGAAGUGCGCCGUCGAAGACGAGACAGCACUUGCAGAAUUCCCCGACUGGGGUGUGGGAUGGGUGCAGGAGCCGAGCAAUUCUAUCGGCCACCAGAUUGCGGCAUGGCGGAUGGGGGAAAGAAGGCGAGAAGAACAUCUCGCGGAAGUGAGAGCCCGGUGGGCUGAGAUCAUGACCGAGAGACAAGAACAGAGAAUGCGGACAGUCAAAAUUUUCUACAAGGGCGUGCAUGUUAGGACUUGCAAGUAUGAGCCAUGUGUACCGCGUCUAACAGAGAAGGAGAUUAUGGAUAUUGCCCGAGAAAAAGGUGCAAUCCAUGAGGCCUUUUUAAAUGCUUCAUCGUGUAUUACUACAUAG